AUUAUCAUCAACACCUUCCUCCCUCGUAAGUUGUACUCCUGGGUUGGAUAAAGCUUGCUACGUACACAUACCUAUUUGACCAAAUUGCCCUCGACGAUAACAUCCGGUUUAUUAACUCCCAGUCUUUUCCUCUGAAAAACCCACUCACGAUGAACACGCUUAAAAUCAGUUUCGCCGUCCUGAAGAAGCCAACUUCAUAUUUCUUCGGUGGCAAUUCCGUCAUUUCACUAAAAUCACUUACCCCUCCUUCUUCCGUAAAACCGGCGUCGAUCUCCGGUGGCCCCCGUGUCUACUCUACCUUCGCCGGCACCGGCGUCCGUACCGACUUCAAAGUGAACUCCUACUCUAACAUGGCGGAACCUGAUUCCGAUCAUAAGCAAGGAGAUGUCGCCGUCAAAGACGAUCGCAUUGCUCACAUUUCAUCCACAAUUCGCGUCAUCCCGGACUUCCCUAAACCUGGGAUCAUGUUUCAGGAUAUCACGACGAUGCUGCUUGAUCCAGUGGCCUUUAAGGAUUCGAUUGAUCUGUUCGUCGAGAGAUACAAAGACAAAGACAUAUCCGUUGUAGCUGGUGUUGAAGCAAGAGGAUUCAUAUUUGGUCCUCCUAUUGCAUUAGCCAUUGGUGCUAAAUUCGUUCCAAUGAGAAAACCCAACAAGUUACCCGGAGCUGUUAUAUCGGAAGAAUACUCGUUAGAGUAUGGUACUGACAUAAUGGAGAUGCAUGUUGGAGCAGUAGAAGUUGGUGAACGAACUCUUGUGAUAGAUGAUUUAAUUGCAACAGGAGGAACCUUAGUGGCUGCCAUUAACCUACUUGAACGUGUUGGUGCGAAUGUAGUCGAGUGUGCUUGUGUCAUUGAAUUGCCUGAUCUGAAGGGUCGGGAUCGAUUAGGAGACAAGCCGCUAUUCGUGCUCUUCUCAAGAUACACAAUUUCCUUUUGCUGGUAG